UAAGUAAAUAUUUUAGUAUUGAAGAGGAAUCUAUGGUCAAAUGAAGAAACUGCAAGACAAAAUCGAAUGAAAGAUGUCAUCCGUAAAAGUUGCUGUGAGAGUGAGACCGCUUAACUCGCGCGAGGUCAAGAAAAACUCAAAAUGCAUUAUUUAUAUGCAGGAUAAAACCACCUGUAUUACUGAUCCAAGCAACCCAAAGAAUAAGAAAACUUUUACAUUUGACCAUAGUUACUGGUCUACUGAUCCUAAAGAUGACCACUUUGCCACACAAAAAAUGGUCUAUAAUGACAUCGGCAAAGAGUUUCUUCACCACUCUUUCGAUGGAUACAAUACCUGUAUUUUUGCCUACGGACAAACUGGGUCUGGCAAAAGUUUCACCAUGAUGGGUGCACCUGACCAAACAGAUUUGAAAGGAGUUAUUCCACAGACGUGCGAGGAUAUGUUCCUGAAGAUAGAUGAAGAAACAGACGCAGAUACUACGUUCAGCGUGGAAGUGAGUUAUAUGGAGAUCUAUAAUGAGAAAGUGCAUGAUCUCCUCAGCCCUGCUAACAACAGCAAGAACUUGAGAGUUAGGGAGCACCCGGUAUUAGGACCGUACGUAGAAGACCUCGCUAAACUAGCUGUACAAAACUACUCUGACAUCUCAGACUUGAUGGACGAGGGUAACAAGAGCAGGACUGUAGCGUCCACUAACAUGAACGAGACCAGCAGUAGAUCUCAUGCUGUCUUCUCUAUUAUACUUACUCAGAGGAAGUAUAAUGCUCCUACUGGACUUACUGCUGAGAAGGUCUCCAAGAUAAGUCUGGUAGAUCUGGCUGGGUCGGAACGUGCUGAUGCUACCGGUGCUACCGGCGCGCGUUUAAAAGAAGGUGCUAACAUCAACAGAUCCCUUACUACUCUGGGGAAAGUUAUAUCAGCCCUAGCUGAACAGGCAAACUCUAAAUCCACGAUGAAGAAGCGCGGGAAAAAAGACAACUUUAUCCCCUUCCGAGACUCAGUUCUAACCUGGCUACUAAAAGAGAACCUGGGAGGUAACAGUAAAACAGCCAUGAUAGCAGCCCUGAGUCCAGCUAAUAUAAACUACGAUGAGACGCUGAGUACGCUUCGGUACGCCGAUAGAGCUAAACAGAUCAUGUGUAAAGCUGUUGUUAAUGAAGAUCCUAAUGCUAAGAUUAUCCGGGAAUUGCAAGAAGAGGUGAUGAAACUCAAGGCUAUCAUCAAGGCUGAAGGACUUGAAGCAAAGAUUGAAUCUUACGUGUUUGACGCAAAGAGCAGCGGAGGAGCCAUGAGGCAGGCUACCAACGCACAAGAACAGCUCCAAGCGUCUGAGAAACUUAUCGCAGAACUGAACGAAACUUGGGAGCAAAAACUGCAGAAAACGGAAAAAAUAAAGAUCGAAAGAGAAUCAGCGCUCACAGAGUUGGGAGUAUCAAUACAGGGAGGAGGAGAAGGAGGAGGAGCGUGGGGGGUUUUCUCCCCUAAGAACACUCCCCAUCUUAUAAAUUUGUCGGAGGACUCCUUGAUGAACGAGUGUUUGAUGUAUUGUAUUAAGGAGGGCGAAACAAGGGUGGGUGGCGGCACAGCUGAUAUGAAGCCUGACAUAUUGCUAACUGGUCCCUCCAUUCUUCCUCAUCACUGUACCUUCACAAACAACGAUAACGCUGUGGUGCUACUCCCGAUGUCAGGUGCACGUGUGUUUGUGAACGGAGCAGCUGUAAGUGAGAUACUCUCACUCAGUAACGGUAACCGCAUCGUCCUGGGUACCUCUCAUGUUUUUAGGUACAACAACCCAACUGAAGCAGCUAGACUAAGGGAACAGCGAGCAACUGCACUUCAGAAUAACAUGGAAACAGAGUCGAUAGUGUCGGAACAUGUUGACUGGUUCUACGCACAGAAGGAGAUAUUUGAAAAACAAGGCUGUUCUCUUCACGAAAUGAACUCUAAAGUAAGCUACCUGGAAGAGAAGAUGAAGCAAGAAAGAGAGGAGGCGGAGAAGGCGCUAGCACUACAACGUCAACUGUACGAGACUAAGCUACAGGAAGCUAUGGAUAUGAACACUAGUAAUCUGAGUUCCUCUUCUAGCAGCGAACAUAUUGCGUUUACGAAGGAGGAGUUGGCGCUGGCGCAGCGCGUGGUGAACAAAUGGUACGUGUACCGGUUCAAUAGUCUGCGAGAGGAGAUCCUGAGGAACAGUGUUCUGUUGAAGGAAGCUAACGUGCUGGCUAUUAAUCUUAACAAGCAGGUUUCGUUCCAGUACGCUAUAUUGACGCAAACUAAAUACUUUGACAUCCCACACGAGCUGUCAAGCGAUAUAUUGACUAGGAAACUCAAUUCUAGUUUCAGAUCAUCGACUUCUAAUUUAUCCGGACUGAACUCUCCCAAAAGAAGUCUAUCUUUAGCAAACCUGGCAUCGCCCAUAAAGAACAGCCGCUCAAGUAGUCCUGGGCUAGUUCGUAAAUCUGGCUCAAGUCUGAACAAGAGUGUUGAUUCUCCACGAUGCAAUACUAACUCUAACUCAAGGUACCCAGAAUACAAAGGAUCAUGUCUGGUAGUUGAAGUAACAGAUAACCGUACCGGAGUUGUAACCCACUGGGGGCUGGACAAGUUCCGGAGAAGGUUAGAGGAGAUGAGGGAGAUGCUAUCCAACCCUCCGCAUAACCCUGUACCUGUGUCUAAAGACCCAUUUCACGAGCGGUUACCGUGGUUUAAUCAAGUUGGAAGGGCGAGUGUUUCUCUGAACAACCUUCUUUACGGUAUUCCGAUGGUGCACUCAGUAAAGGUGCUGGACAGGCUAGCCUGUAUCCGGGGGUACCUAAAGGUGGCAAUCCAGGUGAUGCAGGAGGAGAAAAGAAGCAGUUCUACCCCUUCUCCUGUUGAGUUUAGGGAGUCCGGAACUGAGGAAAACCUGUCCAGCGCUAUCUCCAUCUCCACUCUGGCUAGCAGUGUGUUCAGUGCUGGUGAUCUCCGGAGAGUUGGGUGCAACAAGUCCAACAGCAGCAGCGAGGAUGGCUCUCAGGAUACCAACAAAAUUGGAGAUACGUCAGAAACAGAGGGAGUAAACGAGAACAACUGUGGUAUCCUGAAAGUAGGGACGAAGCUGACCUUCAUCAUCACUGUAAUGCAGUUGUCACACCUAUCUUCUGAUUAUGUGGAGGCGUUCGUACAGUUCAGAUUUCUAAACAAAGACGGGGACGCAUUUGCCACGGAACCUCAUCGGAACAUGACAGAGAAAUCUCUUGGAUUUUAUCACGUACAGGCUAUCAGUGUCGUGAUAAACAAACCCUUUAUUGAUUAUAUAAGAUCAACCCCACUGAUGUUCGAGGUGUUCGGUCACCUGCAAGGUAAGAAGGUAGAGUCCAAGCAGCAGCCAGUGGAGUCCGAGGUACCUCGCCCAGUGAGGAGUCUUGUGCAGCCCCCUUCAGCUGAAGUUACACAGAGUUACAGCCUGCUCACUCAUGUACAGAUAUGUGAGCUUAGUCCUACUGGGGAGUAUGUGCCUGUUCCGGUCAUCCACAGAGACAAUAUACCAACAGGUGCAAUGCAUCUGUUACAACAAGGUAUACAGAGGAGGAUUGUAGUAAGCGUAUCUUACGAGGACAGACCAGACUACCUCAGAUGGGCUGGGGUCAGGGAAAUGGUGGUUGGUCACGUUAGACAGGAGUUAGAUUGGGACGACUGUGACGAUCUGGAUGAUUGUGAUAACGAUGUUAUCAGUUUGACGAUGUUCCAGCCUUCUGUCAUCAGGGAUCAGGGAGUAAUGAGAUGCACGUAUAUUUGCGAGGGUAACUGGGACACGUCCCUGCACGACUCCAAACUGCUGAACAGACCCACACCAGCUAACGAACACGUGUUUAUCAGUAUAUCAGUGUACUUGGAGAUGGAGCAGUGUAUUCAACCUGUGGUUAUUAACAAGGAUAUCUGUCUUAACAUCCAGGGUCGUAACGACAGUGCCAUGUUGAGAUCCCUCAAGAAACUGUUCACAGCAACCACUCUCCGCACAGCAGACUCCUACGCUAGUUUCUGCAUGCACGAGAUGAUGCUCUGUAAGACUAUUGCUACUGAAAACUCUUCUCCUAUGGUUCUCCAGGACACUUCCAGCACGUACGUACGUGGUGAGGAGGUGCUAGGAGAGUGGCGCGCGCACGGUGAGGAUCUCAUAUCGGAUAACCAGCUGUCUCUGGAGAGAUUGUCCUACCUGUCCACUGUAGAGGACACUCGUCAGGCACUGGCUCUCUCGGACAAGAUACGGGACAAGGCCAGCAGCGAGGGCAGCAGCGGAGGGAGGACGAGAAGGCGAGAAAGGAGGGAGAAGAAGAGGAGAGAGGUAGUGAAGAAAGAAGUGGAAGAUGAAGUGGAAUAUAAUGAGCGACAAACACAGCUCCUUACCAGGUGCUAUGAGAGGUUAAAGAGGCCCUGUUUGUUGAGUACCCUAGCUACUCGAGAAUUGGAGGCUGAAGCCCGGCGUACUCCUCCAGCAGCCCCUAUGUACGAGGAAGAUAACUGCUCCUACGACUCUACAGAAGCAGAGCUGGACGAGCUCCUGACCCCGGAGCUGCUGGAGUUUAGAUUGAGUAACGAGAUCAGUAAACGAGGCUGGUUACACUUCAUGAACAUGGAAUCAAGAACCUGGGACAGACGCUUUUGUGUCAUACAGCGCCCGUUCUUGAUACUGUACAACACGGACAAAGACCCGUGUCCUCGGUGGGUUCUCAACCUCUCAACUUGCCGGAUCUCCCUCACCAAACCCAACAGUGACCUCAAACUGGGUGUCUUUAGGUUGGUAAGGGGAGCGAAUAUUUAUUAUCUCCAAGGUAGCUCAAGUGAGGACAUCGACGCCUGGUUGUACGCCAUGAACCCACUACUGGCGGGAACUCUUAGGUCGCAAAGGCUCAGUCAAAGUAUAGCCACGUGAUAAAUACACACCUACAGACACGUGACACGCUGAUAGAGUCACGAGGUUUAAUUAGUGUUUCAUUGUUUGUGUUGUGAACGAUUAUUAUUAUGAUUCCGAUCUGAUUCUUGCAGAUUGAAUGAUAACGAUGUUGCUACCAGCGGUAGAUUGGCGCCCGUUUGCAGAUUGUGUACUUGAUUAGUUUGUUUUAUAUUCAAUCUGAUUGGCUCAGCGCUGACACGUGUUGGAUUAUCUUCAAUCUGAUUGGCUGAGCGCCAACACUUGUCAAACAAACGUGGACCGCCUCUCCGCUUUUAGCAACACAGGGUUUUGUUGGAGGGCUUUAUUAGUUAAACAUCGUUCGUUGAGAUUUUUAAUUAUUAUUAUAUUUUGUUUAUUUUGAUGCCGCGUGUAAUUUAAAGGGUUAUAAAAAUGAUGAAAUGAAUGUGCUGAUGUUUUUAUGAAUGUGAUUUUAAAUGUUUAACUGUUUAGUUUACUUAAAAGCUUGGUUAUGCGUUUUGGGAACUUUCAUUUUAAAGAGAGGUCUCAAAAAUAUCCAGUUAAAUUAUCCUGUCUUUGAGAAGACAUUAAAAUAUGUAGGUUCUCAGAAAUGUACAAUCAGUACUUCUUUAUCAUUAUCAUUAGGGUAUACUUGGCUGCUAAUGCAGCAAUACUGCAAUAGGUAAUGUAUUUAAAUGUAUAUUGUUGACUGGCGGUGCCAACAACAUCAAGCAUCUAAUUUCAGACCAACUAAUUCCUGGAAAAUAGGUUACUAAGAGUUUGUAGGAUUCGUUUGAAGUUUAAAUUAUCAGAAAUCAGGCACCCAAGUUAAACGCCCUUUUAAUUUAUUCGUUAUGUAGCCUAUCUUAUAGUCCGUUGGUUGGAUUUGUAAAAUACAAAAGUCUGAGAUACAUGAUUUGAUGGGGUCUACUCACAUGCUAGCAGACAGUUCUAGCUGGGUUUUGUUAAGGAAUGGGAUACCGAUAUGGGAUACCGAUAUGGGAUACCGAUAUGGGAUACCGAUAUGGGAUACCGAUAUGGGAUACCGAUAUGGGAUAUACUCAGUGAUCAUGAAGUUGGUUUUAUGGUUUAAGCAUAUAAUUAUUAUAAAUGUGUCUUCAUCAGUUGAUUGAAAGGUUAAGACAAUUCUACAAUAUCACAUUUUGCAUUUGGUCAUUACAAGUUUUGAUUUUGGAUGAAAUAUUAAAACUCGUAUUUCAGAAUUAUAUUUAUAGCUAGGUAGAGGAGAAUCCACAUAACAGCUUAAAUUUACCAAAUAUGGUUUACUGAAUAGUUCCCUCGGACCGACUUUUUAAUCAAACUUUAAUUUGUAAAUCAACCGACGAAGACACAUUUUAACGUAAGUGGUCAGGAGGUCACCAUUUCGUGCACAAUAUCAUAAAAAUUAGGCAAUUAAUCUGUUUUAUUUUAAAAGCUUUUUGUUGUAUCGCAUUUGUGUCCAAUUUUGAAUUAAUUUCUAAUUUAUUCAGCGACCUG